UCUUCUCCACCAACCAUAUCAUAUUUAUAUAAUUUAUCAGUUAAUAAUGUCAAAAUUUAUCGAGUUAACUUGUUGGUUUUUCAUACUAGCGAUAUUUGUUAAUGAAAGGUUAGUUGAAGGAAAGACGACUACGGAAGCGGUGAACAAAGCGAUAAUCAAAACCAUUAAGGUUGAAAAUGCUGAGAUUAUUGAUUGUUAUGAUAUUUAUAGACAACCUAGUCUUAAUCAUCCUUUGCUUUGUAAUCAUACAAUACAGAUGAAACCAAGUUCGUACCAAAGAAGGACAAAAUCAAAUAAUUUGGGGACACUUCAGCUUAUCCAAACUUGGCAUAAGUAUGGAUCAUGUCCCGAGGGAACUAUCCCUAUUCUAAGGAAAGGAAAAAAUUACAAUCACACACUCUUACGUAAACAUCAUUAUCCAAGAUUAUCACCAUAUGAAACUCAUGUUAUGUCACGAUCAAACGACACUACAAACGGCAAUAUGGUCCAUGAGUACAGUAUAAUUGGUGUGCACGGUAAUUUUCUAGGAGCACAAGCAAAAAUAAAUCUUUGGAAACCAUUUACUAAAACAGAAGAAAUGAGUAUUUCCCAAAUUUGGGUUACAGCCGGUGAUUACAAAGAUUAUAAUACUAUUGAAGUCGGAUGGCAAGUGUACCAAGGCCUAUAUGGUGACGACCAGACUAGAUUUUUCAUAUACUGGACAACGGAUGGAUACAUGAGCACGGGUUGCUACAACCUCUUUUGUGACGGUUUUGUGCACACUUCGUCAAAUAUUUCACUUGGUUGCAAUUUCACUGAGGUGUCCACUUUCAACGGUGACCAAAAAGAUGCCACAUUUAGUAUUCAGAAGGACCAAAGUAGCGGAAACUGGUGGAUACAAUUACAAGGCAUUCCAAUCGGUUAUUAUCCAAGUUCUCUUUUCACGAAAUUAUCUAAGAUAUCAACAUCGGUAAAAUGGGGUGGAGAAAUCAUUAAUGGGAAAACAAAUGGACGACACACUUCGACUCAAAUGGGUAAUGGUCAUUUCCCUUCGGAAGGUGGUUUGAAGACGUCGAGUUAUUUUAACUGGGUAAAAGUAUUUGAUGAAAAUAACAUGAUUAAGGAUCCUGAAAACGUUGGGAAAAAAAUUACGAAUCCAAACUGCUACGAUUUGAAAAUAGACGAUGAACAUUAUGGCACAAAUGGCUAUGGUUUUUACUAUGGAGGUCCAGGUUAUAAUGAUAAAUGUAAAUGAUUACAUAUAUAUAUAUAUGGCCAGAAAAUAAUUUAUUUCAUUUUUUAUAGAAAAUUUCGUAUCUAGAAUGGUCAAACGGUCUACCAACACCUUAUC